AUGAAAUCUCAAGUGCUCACACUUCUAUUAUUGACCAUCGGCGCUCAUUUAUUUCAAUCAACGCAUCAAUAUCGUCUUCAAAAACGUGAAAUAAAUGAAUAUCAUUUAACCGAAUUUAUUGUCACUAGUUGCUCUGCCGAUAAAGUCGAUGUGUUCAUCCAAAAUCUUUGUGAUCAAACAUUACAAUCGGCACUUAUGGGCCAUUUUCCAUCUUUAACAUAUUAUUGCAAUGAAUUCGGUUCUGGUAAUCGAUAUUGUAACAAUAUCAACCGAUACACACUUGCUGCACAGGAUGCUGGAACUAAGAGAUUUUUAUCUCGCCGAUUUAUACGAAGUCUUAAUGAAAAAGAAAUCAAUACAAAAGUUGACCUCGAACAGAAGCUGAUUUUAAAAAUAUGUAUGAAAAAAGUUGACAAACAUUCAACUGAAAUCGACCGGUUUUGCAAUUUAACAUUACAACAAAUUCAGCAAGGACGAUAUCCUGAAAUUAAAAGUCUUUGCAAAUUUCAUCCUGGUUUCAAUUAUUGCCGUGAUGUUCUAUCAUCAUCUUCAUUAUAUUCUUUGCCGUCAUCACUUUUAUCAUCAUCAUCAUCUACUAUUACACCUGAUAGUCAUCGUACGUCCGUACCAUUAGAAUUCUCAAAAUUGUCUGACGUCGAAUCGGUCAUUGAUCAACAAAGGAUGAAUAAAAACAUGAAUAAAUCACCAUUAUCAUAA